GCAGCCAGUGUUUGCAUCAGUCGAAUUGUCGUCGAAUCCUGGGACAGCAGACGUCACGUCAUAUAUUUUGUUAUAAAUUUUGCCCAGCCGUUUGUUUUUUAGAUCAAAGGUACAGUGAAAAAUUGAGACUGCAUUGUGGUCGAGUUUCUCUUCGGGCCUGAGGGCCGUCCUCGGGGGUAAAAGCCUAGCUCACUGGGUUCUCGCGACCCCGGAGCAGGGAGAGAUGUCGAUUAGGACGUUGGCCCAUCGCCUUAUACACGAUGGUCGGCUGUUCCUGCGCUCCAUUCGACACACGGAGCAGCAUUGCAUCAAUCCGACCAAAAAUUACGCCAACAAAAUACACGUUGCACGCAUAGGAGAGUCCCAGGGCCAUGUACCACCCACGGGUACUGGCAACAUAUCAUCAUCGGUUCAAGGUCACCUCGGCUUCCUGGGAGCUCAAGCGCGACGCCUCUUUGUCGACAAUGUCCUCAAAAGAGUAACCAACACCUUAACGGUCGAUCUGAGACGACGUGCCGCCAAUCGACUGCUCUUUGGAGGUGAUUCUGCACCUUUUUUCGCUUUGGUUGGGGUCUCGUUGGCAUCUGGUACUGGCAUACUAACGAAAGACGACGAGUUGGAAGGCGUUUGCUGGGAAAUUCGGGAAGCAGUUAUGAAAUUAAAUUGGAACAAACCUCAAAACGAUAAGAAUUACGAGGCAACGCAAAUCCAAACUAUAAACGAUGAUAAAAAAAUUGCUUUGAAUAAUUUUGUCGUAGGGCCUUUAAUAGCUAAAGGUUGUUCAGCAGUAGUAUACGCAGCUCGGUCAAAAACUAGCAACGAAAUCAUAAACAACGAAGAAAUCUCUAUAGAUAAACAAAGUGACGUCACUGCUUUUCCACUGGCAAUUAAAAUGAUGUUCAAUUAUGAUGCUGAGUCUAACGCCAUUGCAAUUUUAAGAGCAAUGUUUAGAGAAACGGUACCUGCUUGGGAACAUUGCAGAAACGACGAAUUGUCCGAUUGGGAACAAAGAAUGUCAGACAGCAAAAAAGCCUUACCACCCCAUCCGAAUAUUGUGGCUAUGUACUCUGUUUUUGCUGAUCAUGUGCCUUUUUUGCCGGAUUCUAUAAAUAUGUACCCUGACGCUUUACCCGCAAGACUCAAUCCAGAAGGUUCAGGAAGAAAUAUGAGUCUAUUUUUAGUGAUGAAAAGGUAUGACCUCACGUUGAAACAGUAUGUUACCGAUCACGAUAUUAACAACGUACGAACAUCGAUUUUAUUAUUUACGCAGUUAUUGGAAGCCAUUACUCAUAUGAACUCUCAUAAUAUCGCCCACAGGGAUCUUAAAUCUGACAAUGUACUUCUGGAUAUUUCGGAAGAAUCUGAUAAUUGUCCCACUCUUGUUAUAACCGAUUUUGGAUGCUGUUUGGCGGAUAAAAAUCACGGUCUUCACCUUCCAUAUAACACACUGGACAUCGACAAAGGUGGCAAUGCUGCACUAAUGGCACCCGAAAUUAUAUCAGCUGAACCAGGUCCUUUUACUAGUCUUAAUUACACCAAAUCAGAUUUGUGGACAGCUGGAACGAUUGCAUAUGAAAUUUUCGGUCUAAAGAAUCCUUUUUAUGGCACAAAAGAAAAGCCCAUGUUGAAAAAUUAUAGUUACAAAGAAGAAGACCUUCCACCGUUACCUGAAUCAGUCCCAGUUAUAGUUUCAGCUUUAAUAAAAAAUAUUUUAUCUCGUAGUACUUACAAGCGGCUUAGUGUCGAUAUGGCAGCAACAGUCAUGCAAUUGUAUUUAUGGGCACCUAGUUCUUGGCUUCAGGCAGAUUGUAAAAUUCCAUCUAGUAACGAAAUCUUACAGUGGCUUUUGUGUCUUACGUCAAAAGUUUUAUGUGAGAAUUACAACAUUUCAGAAAAAAGAAAUAGCAUGACCGAUCAAGAAGAAAAAUUACGAAAAAUUGAUUACCGACGUUCUCUAUCAACAAGAUUCUGUGGUCGACGAACAAUGCCAGAAUACCAAUUGAUUGCGUGCUUUUUGGGAAGAGUAAGUUUGUAUAAUGUCCGCGAAAGUUUAAAGUGGAUACAAAAGAAUAUUUAAAAUUUCGUAAGAAUUUAUAAAAUGGCUAUAUUAAUCUUUGAAAAAAUUCUAUGAUUUAUAAACUAUCUAUUGUGUAAAUACUUUUAAAAUUAUUGUGUUUUAAAUAUCUCUUUUACUUUACUCUGAUUUUUAAUUUUAUCAAAGAUUAUUUUUGAUACUUAAAGAAGCACAAAUUAAAUUAUAACUCGUUUAUUUUAUUUAUAAAGAGAUUAAAAUGUACGAACAUUCGAUUCAUUGAAUUUCACUGGAUUGAAAUUCUUUUUUGCGAUUCAGUCUUUUUCAGAGUAUUUUAUGUCACUAAAUACUUAGUUAUACAAUAAUUAAGUUUGUGGUUUGGAAACGAGAAUUUUCUGCUGUUGCAGCUGAUUCGUAUUUAACAUUAUCGUAUCGUUACGUACAGAAACGUGCAUUCUGCACUUUUAUCUACGCAGAUGAAAGUAAUUGUAAUUAAAAGUACCAUCAUGAUGUUGUAAAUAUAAAAUAUUUUUCGUUAA